GUCAGCGGCCGCAGCCCGCGAAGGAGACCAACUCCCGCUCCCCGCCGACAUGCAUCUCCGCUAGCGGCUCCCGCUCCCCGCGACCACCACGCGCGCUUCUUGGAGCCUCACUCGACCCCCAUUCUCUCUCUCUCUCCCUCUCUUUCUCGCGCGCACACACGCACGCACACAUACACACACCCCACAGCAGUCUAUUCACUGGAGAAGAAAACAGUUCCUUCGCGCCCCCUCACACUCCACCUCUAGAAGCAGAGGAGCCGCGUGCUGGGAGCCGCUGGAGCUUCUGGAAAUGCGAAUCCUAAAGCGCUUCCUCGCGUGUGUCCAGCUCCUCUGCGUUUGCCGUUUGGAUUGGGCCUAUGGAUACUACAGACAGCAGAGAAAACUUGUUGAAGAGAUUGGCUGGUCCUACACAGGAGCACUGAAUCAAAAAAACUGGGGAAAGAAAUAUCCGACAUGCACUAGUCCCAAACAAUCUCCCAUCAAUAUUGAUGAAGAUCUUACUCAAGUAAAUGUAAAUCUUAAGAAACUUAAAUUUCAGGGUUGGGAUAAGACAUCUUUGGAAAACACAUUCAUUCAUAACACGGGGAAAACAGUGGAAAUUAAUCUCACUAAUGACUACCGUCUCAGCGGAGGAGUCUCUGACAUGGUAUUCAAAGCAAGCAAGAUAACUUUUCACUGGGGAAAAUGCAAUAUGUCAUCUGAUGGAUCAGAACAUAGUCUGGAAGGACAAAAAUUUCCACUUGAGAUGCAAAUCUACUGCUUUGAUGCAGACCAAUUUUCAAGUUUUGAAGAAGCAGCUAAAGGAAAAGGGAAGUUAAGAGCUUUGUCCAUCUUAUUUGAGGUUGGAAUAGAAGAAAAUCUGGAUUACAAGGCAAUUAUUGAUGGAGUUGAGAGUGUUAGUCGUUUUGGAAAACAGGCUGCGUUAGACCCGUUCAUAUUGCUGAACCUCCUGCCAAAUUCAACUGACAAGUAUUACACUUACAACGGCUCACUGACUUCUCCCCCCUGCACUGACACCGUUGACUGGGUUGUUUUCAAAGACACAGUCAGCAUCUCAGAAAGCCAGUUGGCUGUGUUUUGUGAAGUACUUACAAUGCAGCAGUCUGGUUAUGUCAUGCUAAUGGACUACUUACAAAAUAACUUUCGAGAACAGCAAUACAAGCUCUCUAGGCAGGUGUUCUCCUCAUACACUGGAAAGGAGGAGAUUCAUGAAGCAGUUUGUAGCUCAGAACCAGAAAAUGUUCAAGCGGACCCAGAGAAUCAUACCAGCCUUCUCGUCACCUGGGAGAGACCUCGAGUUGUUUAUGACACCAUGAUUGAGAAGUUUGCAGUUGUGUAUCAGCAGCUAGAAGGAGAAGACCAAACCAAGCAUGAAUUUUUGACAGAUGGCUAUCAAGAUUUGGGUGCUAUUCUCAGUAAUUUACUACCAAACAUGAGCUAUGUUCUUCAAAUAGUUGCCAUUUGCGCUAAUGGCUUGUAUGGAAAAUACAGUGACCAGUUGAUUGUUGACAUGCCUUCCAGUGAUGCUGAACUUGACCUGUUUCCUGAACUAAUUGGAACUGGAGAAAUAUUCAAGGAGGAAGAAGAGGGGAAAGACAAGGAAGAAGACAUUCGCAUGAAUCCUGGCAGAGAUGAUGUCACAAACCAGAUAAGGAAAAAGGAACCACAGAUUCCUACUACGACAAACUACAAUCACGCUGAGACCAAGUACAAUGAGGCCAAGACAAACUGGUUGCCCACAAGAGGAGGCGAAAUCUCUGGAAAGGGUGAUGUUCCUCACACAUCCUUAGAUUCCACUUCUCAGCCAGUCACAGAAUUAGCCCCAGAGAAGGAAGUUUCCUUGACUCCACAGAGUGUGACCCAACCUCCUGCUCACACUCUGGAAGGCACACCAGGCUCUUCCAACGAUGGCUUUCACACUGUUAUCAGAUUUCCACAAGUAAACUUGCCUGGGACCCAGGAAUCCUUAAAUGCCAUUUCUACAAUGGAAUCUCAAGAAGUAUCUACUGACAUUAGUGAGGAAGACAACCUACUAACCAGUAUCAAGCUGGAUGUGGGCACUGAUUCUUCAGGCUCCAUUCUUGCAACUUCUCCUCUUCCAUUUAUUUCCGAAAACAUAUCCCAGGGGUAUGUAUUUUCCUCAGAAAACCCAGAGGCCAUCACGUUUGAUGUCCUUAUACCAGAAUCCACAAGAAAGGGGUCGGAAGAGUCAUCCUCAUCAGGUUCAGAAGAGUCUCUGAAGGAUCCUUCUGUUGAUGGAAACAUGUGGUUACCUAGCACUAUAGGCAUCACAGCAGAGCACGAUGUUGGUUCUGGUAAAGAGGGCUUUCUCCAGACUAGUUACACGAAGAUACCAGUAGAUGAGUCUACGAUUACAACUGAGUCAUUUUCUCCAGAUCUACCCUCUUCUCCUCUGGGUUCACUGGUGUCACAAGGUCCCUCUGUCACAGAUCUGGAAAUGCCACCUUAUUCUACCUUGGCCUACUUCCCGACUGAGGUAACUCCUCACCCUUUCACUCCAUCCUCUGGACAACAUGAUUCCGCCCCCACCAUCAACAUGGUAUACUCGCAGACAACCCAACCAGUAUACAACGGUGAGACACCUCUUCAAACUUCCUACAGUAGUGAAGUCUUUCCUCUAGUUACCCCUUUGUUGCUUGACAAUCAGAUCCUCAACACUACCCCCGCUGCUUCAAGUAGUGAUUCGGCCUUGCAUGCUACGCCUGUAUUCCCCAGUGUUGAUAUGUCAUUUGAAUCCAUCCUGUCUUCCUAUGAUGGUGCGCCUCUGCUUCCAUUUUCUUCUGCUUCCUUCAGUAGUGAAUUGCUUCACCAUCUGUAUACAGUCUCUCAAAUCCUUCCACAAGUUACUACAGCUGUUGACACUGAUAAGUUGUCCCUGCAUGCUUCUCUGCCAGUGGCUGGGGAUGAUUUACUAUUAGAGCCUAGCCUGGUUCAGUAUUCUGAUGGCACACAUCAGGUCACUACUGAUGUGGUAUCACAUCAGGUCACUACUCCUGCUGUUUCCGCGACCUUGGAAUUUGGUGGUGGUGAAUCAGGUGUCCCUUAUAAAACACUUAUACUUUCUCAAGUUGAACCCUCCAACAGUGAUGUGAUGCAUGCACACUCAUCAGGGCUUGAAGCUUCUUAUGCCUUAUCUAAUCCUGAGGGGUCCCAACACCUCUUCACUAUUUCUUAUGGUUCUGCAAUACCUGUGCAUGGUUCAGCUGAUCUAUCUCAUCAGGGGCCCUUACUUAGCAGCCCUAGCCAGAGGCCAGUGCCUGAGUUUUCAUUAAUAACCCAGUCCACAUCACAGCUACAGCCUACUCACGGCCUCUCUGGGGAUGGGGAGUGGUCUGGAGCCUCCUCUGAUAGUGAACUUCUGUUACCUGACACAGAUGGCCUGAUGGCCCUUAAUGUUUCUUCACCCAUUUCUGUAGCUGAACUUACCUAUGCAACAUCUGUGUUUGGUGAUGAUAACAAACUUCCUAAAGGUGACAUAAUCCAUGGAAAUGAGACUGAACUGAAAAUGUCUUCUUUCAGUGAGCUGAUGUACCAUCCUGAAAGUACAGUCAUGCCUGAUCCACAUGAUCAUGUAAAUAAGUCGAAACAGGAAUUCCCUCGUUCCAUUUCUAGUACAAAGGGCUUAUUUCCAGGGUCUUCUGCUUAUACAGCCACUAAGAGUUUUGAUCAUGAGAUUAGCCAAGUUCCAGAAAACAACUUUUCAGUUCAACAUGCACAUGAUGUAUCUAAAGCAUUUGGUGACACUUUGCCUAAACCCGUGCUUAGUGCAAACUCAGAGCCAGCAGCCUUUGACCCUGCUUCUAGUAAAAUGUUCUCCUCUUCAACUCAGCUCUUAUUUCAUGAGGCCCUGGCUUCUUUUAAUACUGAAGUUUUGCUGCAGCCUUCCUCUCAGGCUUCUGAUACUGAUGCAUUGCUUAAAACUGCUCUUCCAGCUGUGCCUAGUGAUCCAAUAUUGUUUGAAACCCCCAAGGUUGAUCAAAUUAGUUCUACAAUAUUGCAUCUCCUGGCAUCAAAUUCUGCUUCGAGUGAACACAUGCUGCCCUCUUCAUCUCUACCAGAGUUUGAUGUAUCGCCUUCUUCUCUGCACACUGCUUCACUUCAAGGUUUAACCAUUUCCUAUGCAAAUGAGAAAUACUUUGAACCAGUUUUGCUAAAAGGUGAAAGUUCCCAGCAAGUGGCGCCUUCAUUGUUCCAAACUGCCAAUUUGGAGAUGAGCCAUGCCUUUCCCCCAGAAGGAAGGCAUGCAUUUGCUACUCCCGUUUUAUCCAUUGAUGUACCACCAAAUACACUUAUAAAUAGGCUUAUAUAUUCUGAUGACGUUUUCUCCUCCUCCAAGGGUUCUAUUACAGAUAAGCUAUUUGCUGGUAUCCCAACCAUUGUUCCCGAGGCUCUUGUCAUCUCUGAUCAUUCAGUUCCUUUAGGAAAUGCCUAUGUUUCCAUUACAGCUGUUUCUCCCAAAAGAGACAGUUCUGUCUCCACCACCCAGUUGCUGUUUCCUUCUAAAACAACUUCUGAACUGACCCACAGUGCCAGAUCUGACACUUAUUUAGUGGGUGGCGGUGACAAGGGUGAUAUUGAGGAUUACGAGGAUGAUGAUUAUGACGACCGAGAUAGUGAUGGCUUAUCAAUAAAUAAGUGUAUGUCAUGCAUCUCCUAUAGAGAACCCCAGGAAAAGGCAAUGAAUGAUUCAGACACUCAGGAAAACAGUCUUGUGAAUCAGAAUAGCCUAAACUCAUACUCACUAUCUGAGAGUUCUGAAGAAGAAAAUAAAGUCACAAGUGUAACUUCACACAGUCAGACUGCUGUGGACAGAAAUCCUGAGAAAUCACCAACAAAUGCACCAGCCCCAAAACACAAUGAUGGGGAACAGGAAAAUGGCGUUCAGACUGGUAAUGACCGACUGCCUUUCACCCCAGAAUCAAAAGCCUGGGCAGCACUCUCAAGUGAUAAAGAGAGUGGAUCAGGGCAAACUACCUCAGAUAGCCUGAAUGAGAAUGAGACGUCCACAGAUUUCAGUUUCCCAGAUGUUAACGAAAGAGAUGUUGAUGGGGUCUCAGAAGCAGGUGACUCAGAAAUAACUCCCGGAUCCCCACAGGCCUCCACACCAACUGUUACUAACGGGCACUCAGAAGUGUUCAAGAUUUCAGAGGCAGAGGCCAGUAAUAGUAGCCAUGAGUCUCGUAUUGGUCUAGCUGAGGGCCUGGAGUCCGAGAAGAAGGCAGUUAUACCCCUUGUGAUCGUGUCCGCCCUGACUUUUAUCUGUCUAGUGGUUCUUGUGGGUAUUCUCAUCUACUGGAGGAAAUGCUUCCAGACUGCACACUUUUAUUUAGAGGACAGUACAUCCCCUCGAGUAAUAUCCACACCUCCAACUCCUAUCUUUCCUAUCUCAGAUGAUAUUGGAGCAAUUCCAAUAAAGCACUUUCCAAAGCAUGUUGCAGACUUACAUGCAAGUAGUGGGUUUACUGAAGAAUUUGAGACACUGAAAGAGUUUUACCAGGAAGUACAGAGCUGUACUGUUGACUUAGGUAUCACAGCAGACAGCUCUAACCACCCCGACAAUAAGCACAAGAACAGAUAUGUGAACAUCGUGGCUUAUGAUCAUAGUAGGGUUAAGCUGGCCCAACUUGCAGAAAAAGAUGGCAAAGUGACUGAUUACAUCAACGCCAAUUAUGUUGAUGGUUACAACAGACCCAAAGCUUACAUUGCUGCUCAAGGUCCACUGAAAUCCACAGCUGAAGAUUUCUGGAGAAUGAUAUGGGAACAUAAUGUGGAAGUUAUCAUCAUGAUUACAAACCUCGUCGAGAAAGGAAGGAGAAAAUGUGACCAGUACUGGCCUGCUGAUGGCAGUGAAGAGUAUGGGAACUUUCUGGUCACCCACAAGAGUGUUCAGAUGCUUGCUUAUUAUACUGUAAGGAAUUUUACCCUCAGAAACACAAAGGUGAAAAAGGGCUCCCAGAAAGGAAGAGCCAGUGGACGUGUGAUCACACAGUACCACUACACCCAGUGGCCUGACAUGGGUGUGCCCGAGUACUCACUGCCAGUGCUGACCUUCGUGAGAAAGGCGUCAUAUGCCAAGCGCCACGCAGUGGGGCCUGUCGUUGUCCAUUGCAGCGCUGGCGUUGGCAGAACAGGCACCUACAUCGUGCUAGACAGCAUGCUGCAACAGAUUAAGCACGAAGGCAAUGUCAACAUAUUCGGCUUCUUAAAGCACAUCCGCUCACAAAGGAAUUAUCUGGUGCAAACAGAGGAGCAGUAUGUCUUCAUUCACGACGCACUGGUGGAAGCCAUCCUAAGUAAAGAAACCGAGGUGCCUGAUAGUCAUAUUCACGCCUACGUCAAUGCACUCCUCAUCCCUGGACCAACAGGCAAAACAAAGCUAGAGAAACAAUUCAAGCUCCUGAGUCAAUCAAAUAUACAGCAGAGUGACUACUCCACAGCCCUAAAGCAAUGCAACAGGGAGAAGAACAGAACUUCUUCCAUCAUCCCUGUGGAAAGAUCAAGGGUUGGCAUUUCAUCUCUGAGCGGUGAAGGCACAGACUACAUCAAUGCCUCCUACAUCAUGGGUUAUUAUCAGAGCAAUGAAUUCAUCAUCACCCAGCACCCCCUUCUUCAUACCAUCAAGGAUUUCUGGAGGAUGAUAUGGGAUCACAAUGCCCAGCUGGUGGUCAUGCUACCUGAUGGUCAAAACAUGGCAGAAGAUGAGUUUGUUUACUGGCCAAAUAAAGAUGAGCCUAUAAACUGUGAGAGUUUUAAAGUCACUCUUAUGACUGAAGAACACAAAUGUCUGUCUAAUGAAGAAAAACUGAUAGUUCAAGACUUUAUCUUAGAAGCUACACAGGAUGAUUAUGUACUUGAAGUGAAGCAUUUUCAGUGUCCCAGGUGGCCAAAUCCAGAUAGCCCCAUUAGUAAGACUUUUGAGCUUAUAAGUAUUAUCAAAGAAGAAGCUGCCAACAGAGAUGGACCCAUGAUUGUUCAUGAUGAGCAUGGAGGUGUGACAGCGGGGACUUUCUGUGCCCUAACAACCCUUAUGCACCAACUAGAAAAAGAAAAUUCCGUGGAUGUCUACCAGGUAGCCAAGAUGAUCAAUUUGAUGAGGCCUGGAGUAUUUUCUGACAUUGAGCAGUAUCAGUUCCUGUAUAAAGCAGUCCUCAGCCUGGUGAGCAGCCGGCAGGAAGAGAACCCCUCCGCCUCCCUGGACAGCAAUGGUGCAGCGUUGGCCUGCGGGAAUAUAGCCGAGAGCUUAGAGUCUUUAGUUUAACCUCAAAGGGGUGAGGGGGCCCCUGUCCAAGCACUGCUCUCCUCCUUCUGAAGUUAGACUGGAAAAACAGUUCAGUUCUGUUAUCGGUUUACUUCUCAUCUCCUGACAGUAACUUUCACAUAGGAAUCUCCUGCCAAAUUGACAUCAUUAACAAUGUGUGCCUUUUUGCAAAACUUCUUGUAAUUCACUUACUGUGUUUAACCUAAAAUGAUUGAAUUUUACAGUAUCUUUAAGGAUGGAAUUGUGGUAUUUUUUUCAUAUUGAUUUUAACAGAAUACUUCAUUUUCUAGAGAGUAGGAAUUCCCAACGCUAGAAAACAUGUCUCUGUUUCAGAAUUUUUGCUCUAUUUGUACCCCUCAUCAGAUUUGCUAGAAAUAUAACUUUUAAUAUAGUAGGCUGUAAAUAAAAUACUGUUCCCGGUGAUCUUCAACACUUGCAACUGCAGUAUUCACCUGAAGUAGAAAUAAUCUGAUACUUACUGUAAAUACUGCCUUAGUGUCUCCAUGGACCAAAUUUAUAUUUAUAAUUGUAGAUUUUUAUAUUUUACUACUGAAUCAGUUUUCUAGUUCUGUGUAAUUAGUUUAAUGAUGUAGUUCAUUAUCUGUUCUUACUAUUCUUUCAUGUUUUCUCAGUGAUUAACAGUUUUAGCAUGUAGUUUUAACUUUUAUGGAAAAUAGAAAUACAUGUGUUUUGAAAGAUGUUUUUAUGAGAAUAACACCUUACCCAACAUUGUUUAAAAUGGGUUUUAUCCAAGGCAUUG